UGGCGCCAUGGCUUGCAGCCUCAAGGACGAGCUGCUCUGCUCCAUCUGCCUGAGCAUCUACCAGGACCCGGUGAGCCUGGGUUGCGAGCACUACUUCUGCCGCCGCUGCAUCACCGAGCACUGGGUGCGGCAGGAGGCGCAGGGCGCCCGCGACUGCCCGGAGUGCCGGCGCACGUUCGCUGAGCCCGCGCUGGCGCCCAGCCUCAAGCUGGCCAACAUCGUGGAGCGCUACAGUGCCUUCCCGCUGGACGCCAUCCUCAACGCGCGCCGAGCCGCGCGACCCUGCCAGGCGCACGACAAGGUCAAGCUGUUCUGCCUCACGGACCGUGCGCUGCUCUGUUUCUUCUGCGACGAGCCCGCGCUGCACGAGCAGCACCAGGUCACCGGCAUCGACGAAGCCUUCGAGGAGUUGCAGAGGGAGCUGAAGGAGCAGCUUCAGGCCCUUCAGGACAGUGAGCGGGAGCACACCGAGGCACUGCAGUUGCUCAAGCGACAGCUCGCGGAGACUAAGUCUUCCACCAAGAGCUUGCGGACCACCAUCGGCGAGGCCUUCGAGCGGCUGCACCGGCUGCUACGGGAGCGGCAGAAAGCCAUGCUGGAGGAGCUGGAGGCGGACACAGCACGCACACUGACCGACAUCGAGCAGAAGGUCCAGCGCUACAGCCAGCAGCUGCGCAAGGUCCAGGAGGGUGCCCAGAUCCUGCAGGAGCGGCUGGCUGAGACCGACCGGCACACCUUCCUGGCUGGUGUGGCCUCCCUUUCUGAGCGGCUUAAGGGAAAAAUCCACGAGACCAACCUGACGUAUGAAGACUUCCCAACAUCCAAGUACACAGGCCCUCUGCAGUAUACCAUCUGGAAGUCCCUGUUCCAGGACAUCCAUCCAGUGCCAGCUGCGCUGACCCUGGACCCAGGCACUGCCCACCAGCGCCUGAUCCUCUCUGAUGACUGCACCAUCGUGGCCUAUGGGAACCUGCACCCACAGCCACUGCAGGACUCCCCAAAGCGCUUUGACGUGGAGGUGUCGGUGCUGGGCUCUGAGGCCUUCAGUAGCGGUGUCCAUUACUGGGAGGUGGUGGUGGCAGAGAAGACCCAGUGGGUGAUCGGGCUGGCACAUGAGGCCGCAAGCCGCAAGGGCAGCAUCCAGAUCCAGCCCAGCCGUGGCUUCUACUGCAUUGUCAUGCACGAUGGUAACCAGUACAGUGCCUGCACGGAGCCCUGGACACGGCUCAAUGUCCGUGACAAGCUGGACAAGGUGGGUGUUUUCCUGGACUAUGACCAGGGCUUGCUUAUCUUCUACAAUGCUGAUGACAUGUCCUGGCUCUACACCUUCCGUGAGAAGUUCCCAGGCAAGCUCUGCUCCUACUUCAGCCCUGGCCAGAGCCACGCCAAUGGCAAGAAUGUCCAGCCACUGCGGAUCAAUACAGUCCGUAUCUAAUCUGUGCCAAGGGCCCAAAGCCUCCUGGGCCACUACCACCAGCAAAAGCCCGGCCCAGCAGAGGAGGCCUGGACUUGGCCCACAUCCACCAUUCUGAGACCUCAGGCCAGGUGUUUACCCAUCCACCUCCUUUACCCCGUCCGUGAGAUGGAGGUUGUGCUCCGUGAUUCUUAAGCUUCCUCCCAGCAUUCAUAUUCUGUAGCUCUGACUUUGAUGGGAACGUGACAUGACUUCUCCUCAGGGCAACUCCUGCCCAACCUCACCCCCAUCCUCUCAAGGGCAGGGGACUACCUCCUUCUGUCUGUCCCCCUCCUGCCCAGCUGCCCUGGUCUCAAGAUAUGUCAGAUGUGGCUAGUGGUUGACAACUUGAGAGAUACACAGAAUCCUCUGUGUCUGUGACCUAACACUUGCCCUUGACUGAGCUAGCAACGGACCAUUUUACCCUUACCCCACCAAGCCCACAGUACAUAGGCAAUAGCUGUUCCUAGAGUUGUCUGAGGCGCACCCUCUCCUGCCACCCACGUACCAAGAGCUCUUUUCCCACUGAUCAGCAAGUCAGAGAGGAUGCUGUGGCAUGUGGAAGGCACCCAGUAGCUGAGUCCAUGUGUUUCUGUGUCACCAUGUCACCCCCUUCUUAGCCACAACCUAAGGGCACCCUGGGGACUGAUGUAGAGUCUAUCAGCUAAACGCAUCUGCAGGACAAGCAUCAAUGGAUGAUCAAGGUCCCCAGCAGCUUUGGACAGAGUCUAGCCAGCCCUGUUCAACCAAGCCUCUGUGACCUGCUAGGCUGCAGAGAAGGUGCUGGAUGCAGUUGUUUUGAUCAAGACCUGCGCUCCAGGAGGGGCCCGUGGCUAGGUCCUGCCUUCUGACUUGACAUCUAUCUCACUUAGGAUCCUGCUGCAGAAACAAGAGCCACUUUAGCUGGCUUAAUUAGAUGAGGAUUUAUUACUAGCUCCCUGGUGACUUUCAAAAUUGUUGGAAGGGCUAGAGGAGCAGUCUUUGCUGAAUUUCCAGGAACAACUCCCAGCUGCCAGAUUCAUCAUGUCUGUUGUGACCGGGAAGGCUGCUCCCAUCAGCAGGAAGUUGCUGCAUCAGCAGCUGCUGCUUGUAGAGCUCUCUGGCACCAUCCAUGCCAGCAAAUGUACGUCCUGAGGUGUGCCUCUCCUACUUAACUCAGGUUUCAAAAUCCCAUAUCGCUACAAGGGACUCUAUGGAAACAAGACAGAUUCUAAACCUUGGCUACAAAGGAGUCUGGGAAAUGUAGUUUUCCUCUUUCUGACCUCAGCCAUACAAAAAGGCUUACUAGAGCAUUAGCAUGGAUGGUGCCCAUCCACAUUUGUUGCUAUAGCAUCCAACUGUGGUGUGUCCUGUGGUGUCUUGCUCUGUAGUGUCCUUGUGAUUGUAUUCCUGCCCAGAGAUGACAGCCCAAGGCAUGAACCUGAAAGACCAAGUUAAAAUGUCUUUGUAGCCUUGGCCUUUCUUCCCAGAGCUGUGGCCUUGGUUCUAUACUUGAGGUCUCUGAGUACAACUAUCCCAAAGGAGCUAGCACAGCUGAACUUGAGGGGCACCUACUCACAACUGCCACAUACCCACGAGCAAGAGGAAUCCUCAUCCCUCCCUGCCCUCUCAAGUCCCAGAAUCUGGGCCAUCCCCGACAGUAUUUUUAUUUAAAGAUGUUGCCCAUUUUGUGAGUUAUGAUCAAUUUGUAUUAAAUUAAAGUUACUGGAUGCCA